AUGUCUUCUAAUAAACUAAGAAUCUUAGUUCCCAUAAAGAGAGUCCUUGAUUACCAACUUAAACCAAGAAUCAAUAAGACCAAUGAUGGAAUUAUAACUACUGGUGUUAAAUUUAGUAUAAACCCAUUUUGUGAUAUUGCUGUUGAAGAAGCUGUUCGCAUUCGUGAAAAGAAUGCUGACUUGGUUGAUACUGUUCACGCUGUUUCAAUUGGUCCUUUAAAAUCUCAAGAUAUCUUGAGAAGUUCAAUGGCAAAGGGCAUUGAUUCUUCAACUUUAAUUGAAACCUCUGAAAAGGAUAGAGAAUUGGAACCUCUUAUUAUCGCUAAAAUUUUGAAAAAAAUCGUUGAAAAGAAUAAUUCAAAUUUAAUUAUACUAGGAAAACAGUCCAUUGACGAUGACUCAAAUCAAACUGGACAGAUGCUAGCUGGUUUGUUAAAUUGGCCUCAAGCGACGAACGCUGCAAAGGUUGAAUUAAAUCCUAGUGACAAUUCGAUUAACAUAACUAGAGAGAUUGAUGGUGGUGAAGAUAUCGUUAACGCCAAAUUGCCAUUGAUUAUCACCACAGACUUGAGAUUAAACGAACCUAGAUUUGCUACUUUGCCCAAUAUUAUGAAGGCUAAAAAAAAACCUUUAGAGAAACUUAAAGUUGGAGAGUUGGGUAUAAAUUUAGAGAAUAAGUUGAAAAUUCUAAAAAUUGAAGAACCUGUUCAAAAACAACCGGGUAUAAAAGUUAGUUCUGUUGAUGAACUUAUUGAGAAACUACAAGAGAAAAAGCUAUUAUAA